AUGGAAUUACUUCCCGAAGGGCAAUCUAAUACUGCCACCGAGGUAUCAUGGGAAGAUCAACAAAAGAUUAAUAAAUUUUCUACACUCAUUGGAAAAAAGGACGAAGCUAGUGAAGAACUUGAAAAACUCAAAACUGAAAAGGAAUAUCUCGACGAUUUACUAUUAGAGAUAGAAUUACUUGAUGAAGAUGAGAAAAUUCAAUAUAAGAUUGGUGAAGUUUUUGUUGCAUUGAAACAAGAAGCAGCUAUUUCCCGUUUAGAAAAGUCAAAUGAAACUUUGAACGAUAAAUUGGAACAAGUCGAAACUACUAUUGAGGGUAUAGAUGAAAAAUUAGAUUCACUUAAAAGUCUGUUGUACGAAAAAUUUGGAUCUAAUAUUAACCUUGAACGAUAGAUGAGGUCUCAAGUGAUAUAAAACUGAACAAUUUAAGGAAAAAAAUGAAGAGUAUCGUCGUAUAAAUAGAGCAUGGAUAGAUGAUAUAUUCAAAAUACAAAAAAAAUAUAUAUACAUAUAAUAUCAACGUGAAACCUACAUAGAAAAAAUCGGUAUUUGGCUUUAUCGUUACGUAGAUAUUAAUAUAUGAAAUAGGUGAUUGAUUCUAUUCUAUUCUAUAACAUAUUUAUAUUGUCUCUAUUGUAUCCUUGUAUGUC